AUGAAGCCCAAAAUUUCAAUCUUGAUCAUGAAGCUCUUGACAGUACAAUGUCUGGCUGUUCUUUGUGUUUCACAGGAAUUUGAUUUCUUCUACUUUGUUCAGCAGUGGCCAGGAUCAUACUGUAACUCAAGGCAAGGUUGUUGCUACCCUAAGACAGGCAAGCCUGCAUCAGAUUUUGGCAUUCAUGGCCUCUGGCCUAAUUUCAAGGAUGGCUCAUAUCCCUCCAAUUGUGAUCCUGUUAGCCCUUUCAAUCCAUCCAAGGUAACAAUGCCAUACCCUUUUGUUGGUUGUUGUGAAAGUAGGUUUGAUAAAGUUUAA